GUAAGAAAUGAAUCAAUAUCCAUUAAAGUACAAUAAGAAUAAAUAUGAAAGAUGUCAAUCGAUAUACCGUCCAAUAAUGCAAUAGAUAUAUUGUCACGACAAUUAUUCACCAAGAUUAAGCCAGUGUGUAUUGAAAUAUCACAAGUUGCAUUAUUACCAACUCCAGCUUUUACUUCUCAAAAGCAGAGAUUAAUCAAUCUUUUGAUAACAUUAAACAAGGCUUUAAAAGACAGUGAAGCUAUAUAUGUGCUACCUAACAACUUGGCGGAUUAUAUAUUCUUCCCACUUUCAAAUAUAUUGAAACAACCUCAAUUAGAUGAUGGUAUUACCCUUCAUAUUUUAGAUGUACUAUCAUUUUUACUUGAUAAAUCAUGGAGAUUUAACUUUCAACCAAAAUUAAUAGAUCAAUUAUAUCCAGUCAUCCUAUAUUUAUCAGGUUCAUCUUUGAGUAGUAUGGCAGGAAGAACAUUUGAAUUCAAGAAGGCAGUCAUAGAUUGUCUUACUUCACUUAUAAAUUGUAUUCCAGAUUCAUACUAUUCUGAUCCCCAAGCUUUGAAUAGACUUCUGUUACUUGGUAAUACUACUUCAGUUAUUUUAGAUACUUUAGAAUCAGAAACUAAUAAGAAUGCGGUAGAAGAUUUGAAUUUAACCAUUCAAUUAAUGACAUUAUUGUCGGAAAUUAUCAAGAAUAAAAUAACGUCAGAACAGACAUCACAAAUAUUUCCCGGUAUUAUAUCCAAGGUGGUUAAUUUCUUUACUUUGAGUAAGAACUUACAUUAUUCAGUGAUUAUACAGUUAUUGCAAUUACUCCAAGACCUUAUAGUUAAAGUCUUUACUGAUGAUGAGUUAAAGGUUGAAUUAUUGAAUAAUGAAGAAGUUACCAAUUUAGAGAAUAUAACCCAAGAAAAAAGUGAAAUAACGAUUUCUGUUACUGGAAAACAUACAUUUCGUACUACUUCUUGGAGAAAUGCAACUUCCAAACAAUUGAAACUAUCUUUGGUGACGCUUUUAAAGACAUUAAUAUUAUCUUCGGCCAAUAAAACAAAAUUUCAAACUAAACCUCAGUUAGUUUUGGCAGUUGAAAACUUUACAGAAGCCAUAUUGAAAACCUGCUUUAUUUCGUUAUUUGAUAUAUUCUUGUCCUUGUCUAUAGAUAUAUAUGCUUGGUUGGUGACAUUAAGUCCUAAAGAUGAAGAGAUUUUACCACUACAGAGAUUUUCAACUAUAUUUUCCAAUAUAUGCAUCAACAACACAAGUCAUGGUAAGCUACUUUCCAGUGAGAUUCAAAACAAAUUAUCAGACUUGAUUAAUACCAAGAUAAGUAUCCUUGUACUUUCAUUCGAUGAAGAUAAAAUCAGUCUGUAUCUAAUCUCGAUGAAGCUCCAUUUUGUUUUACUAUUUGAAAUUUCAAAAAUUCUUCAACCAAAUUUCGAACUUUAUAGAACAUACCAGAUCAAAUUUUUAAAUCUAUUACUGACAACCAUCCUCGACAGAAGUCGCUCGAGUAAAAACCAAAAGCAAGAUAUCAUAACUUCAAGCAACAAACUUGAUAAUGUUGUAUUACCACCACAUAUUAAUUCUAAUAGUCUUGUUAAAUUUAAAGGGGCUGAAGGACAAGUCAGAAACACAGCUUACGCAUCAGAUAUGCAAAUCAUAUCUUCUCAAUGGAAUAAUCAGUCAUCCAUGCUUUUAAAAGAACCGGUUAAAUAUUUCGGAAAAUUCUAUUCAAAAAUGAUAGAAGAUGAUAUAGUAAGCUUGAUUGGACUUUUUGCAACUUUUAAUUCCAAAAUCAUUGAUUUCAGCCAUUUGGACUUUUUGGAAGAGAUAUUAAACAUUCCUGAAUCGGAGAUUUAUGAUAAGGCUUUAAUUUUAUGGGUUGCUAAUAAUUAUACUUCUCAAUUGUCUAGGGUUACCAAGAAUAAUAAUCUUGCGGAUGAUCUUGAUGAGUAUUUGGUAUUAUCAGAUGAUGAAGAUAAUGUGAGUGAUGAAAACACAGAGUCAAUAAAUGAUUUGGAAGAAUUAUCAUACCUUGUAAUGAACAAAUCUCAAGAUUUACUAGGUAUUCUUUCCAAUGAAGAAAUGGUUUCGUACAAUAUUAAGGAUGAUAAUAAAAUUGAAUCUUCAUAUGCUAUUGCGUUAGAUACAAUUGGUAUACUUUCCAAUAAACUUGAUUUGGAUUCCUUUCAGGCAGAUUGUUUGAUUGAUUAUUUAUAUCCUAUGUUGGAAGCACUUACAUUCCAAUCAAGUCCGAUAAUUCAAUCUCAUGCUGCUGCAGCUAUAACUAAAGUUCUUGAAAAUUUUUACAAUAACUCUUUUGAAGCAUUAAUUCUUGAUAAUCAAGAUUAUUUAAUCGAUAGUAUUAGUUUAAGAUUGAGAGUAUCAAGUGAUUUAUCACCUACUUUACCAGGGAUCCUUCUUAUUAUAAUCAAAGUUACUGGAUUAAAACUUCUUGAAACCAAUCAAUUAGCAGAUAUUUUAACAGAAAUGUUCGUUAUUAUAGAUGCUUAUCAUGGUUAUUCGUUAUUAGUGCAGGGAUUUUUCAUUAUUUUUGAAGAAUUAGUCAAACAGAUAAAAGCCAAAUAUGUUGUCAAUGGUAUCAAAGAAGAAACUACAACAAAAUUUUCAUCUCAAAAACCAUGGGGAAUGACUAGCAUGGAAGAGUUAUUGGAAUUAGUCAAUGGAAGCUCAAAAAUCGAUACUGCAAUCAAGUACAAUAGUAACACAGAAUACUUCCAUAGGAAACCAGAUACUCCAUUUGGUGAGCAAGCAGGUGAUUCGGAUGAUGAUGAAGAUGAUGAAGAGCCAGAACAGCAACUAGAAGUUGAAAAACCAUGGAAAUCUCCAGUCCCUCGAUCAAUCUACUUUUUAGUUCAACGAAUUUUCCAAUAUGGUAUGUUGUUAUUAACACAUCAAUCAAGUUCAUUAAAGAUUCAAAUUAUUGAAACUAUGAAGUUGGUAUUCCCUAUAUUAGCAACCGAUUAUAAUUUGACCUUGCCUAUCAUUGCAGAUCUUUGGAGUCUACUUAUAGCUUUGAUUAGUGGAUCAUCCAACUUAUCAAUAUUUAAUAAUCCUGAUAUUGAUCCUGCUAUGGAAAGGUUAAUUGCUCCAUCGCUUGAAUUUGCGAUCGAGAUUAUCAAUCAAGACUAUAAGAGUAGGGAUCUGUUUCUUGCCAAAAGAUUUAUUGAAGCUUGGGAUUUCUUGCUAAGUAAAAGUAAUGGAUUUUCGAAUAGGAGCCAAAAUGAAAAUAGUAAAAAUGUUAAAGAUUUGGUUUUGUUAAAGAGAACAAUCAGUCCUAAACUUGCAAACUUGUAUAGCAAAUUCUUAUUAACAGGUAUCAGGAGUUAUGAAAAAUCAAUAUCGGAUGUUACGAAAUAUAAUAUGAUCACUACUUGUCGGGUAUUUGGAAUACCUAAGGAUAUAGAGUUAAGUAGAGAUGUCAAAAAUAUUUUAUGGGUACUUAAUAGAAAUUAGACAUUCAUGUAUAUAUUAAUAUAUUUAUAUUACAAUUAAAUUU